ACCAACCGACACAGAGAGAGACGCCAUGACGCCGAGUAAAUUAUUUAAAUCCGUUUAUGAGACCAAAACCGAGCGACUACAGAAGAAUAAGACCCAGGUUCGGUCAGUUUGGGUUUUAUGGACCAUUCAGAACAUUGACUAAUGGAGAGGCGCCGACAUUAGCUCUGGAACACGGUUACAAGCUAAUCUGUUCAUUGCUAUGCUAUGUUCUGUUUAGUUAAAACCCAAGUCGGUGGUGAGAGAUGAUCGCCAACACUGAGCCUGGUUCUGGUUCUGCUGGAAGUUUCUUCCUGUUAAAGGUUUCACCUAAUGCAACACCAAGAGGGAAAGACAUCAGCAAUGACCUCAGAGAAGCAACUGUUGCUGUCCAUCAACACAGGAAUGGGUCAAAGGUCAUCUUCAGCCAGACGAAUCUGGAUUUACAAAUGAAACGCAGAAAAAACACUUUCAUCUGAAAACAGGACUCUGGACUUUCAUGACUCUGAAGGACAGAAGACCUGCUCUGUGAACCAGAUACUCUCCCAGUCUGGAAGAAACUGGACCUGAGAUGGAGGUCCAGAUGUCCAGACGCUCAGUAACAGACCAGCAGGCAGGGAACAGCGCUCCGGUCCGAAGACACUCAGAAGAACCAGCAAACGAGUUGGAGAAGAUCGACGAGUAGUUUCCUCUUCGUCUAGCAGGAUUUUAAAAAGGCUUUACGGUGAAAUGGCGACACCCAAAAACACUCCUAGAGGCGGAAGCACCCCGCUGUCCCCCAACCGCAUCACCCGGCUGCAGGAGAAGGAGGACCUCUGCAACCUCAACGACCGUCUGGCCGUCUACAUCGACAAGGUGCGCUUCCUGGAGGCGGAGAACGCCGGCCUGCGUCUGCGCAUCACCGAGUCUGAGACGGAGGUGACCCGGGAGCUGACGGGCCUGAAGGCCGCCUACGAGACCGAGCUGGCCGACGCCCGGCAGACUCUGGACUCGGUGGCCAAGGAGCGGGCCAGGCUCCAGCUGGAGCUGGGCAAAGUGAGGGAGGACCACAAGGAGCUGAAGGCCAGGAACACCAAGAAGGAGUCGGAGCUGGCGGCCGCCCUGCAGAGACUCAGAGACCUGGAGGCUCUGCUGAACUCCAAGGACGCCUCCCUGACGACGGCUCUGGGGGAGAAACGCAGCCUGGAUGUGGAGAACCGGGACCUGAAGGCCCAGGUGGCGAAGCUGGAAGCCGGUUUGGGUGAUGCGAAGAAGCAGCUGCAGGACGAGAUGCUGCGCAGGGUGGAUGGAGAGAACCGGAUCCAGACGCUGAAGGAGGAGCUGGACUUUCAGAAGAACCUUUACUCUGAGGAGCUGCGGGAGACGAAGCGUCGCCACGAGUCCCGCAUGGUGGAGCUGGAUAACGGCCACCUGCAGGAGUUUGAGAGCAAACUGGCCGAAGCGCUGGCAGAAAUGCGCAGCCAGCAUGAGCUGCAGAUUAAACUGUACAAGGAGGAGAUAGAGAAGACCUACAACACCAAGCUGGAGAACGCCCGUCAGUCCGCGGACAGGAGCAGCCACCUGGUCGGCGCCGCCCACGAGGAGCUGCAGCAGACCCGGAUCCGCCUGGAGUCCACGUCCGCCCAGCUCAGCCAGCUGCAGAAACAGCUGGCGGCCCGCGAGGCGAAGCUGAGGGAGCUGGAGGACGCCCUGUCGCGGGAGCGGGACACGACCCGCCGGCUGCUGGGGGAGAAGGACCGGGAGAUGGCGGAGAUGAGGCAGCGCAUGCAGCAGCAGCUGGACGAGUACCAGGAGCUGCUGGACGUGAAGCUGGCUCUGGACAUGGAGAUCUGCGCCUACAGGAAGCUGCUGGAGGGAGAGGAGGAGAGGCUGCGUCUGUCCCCCAGCCCUCCUCCCACCAGAGUGACAGGAAGUCGCUCCUCCACCUCUGUGGUCCACUCCCGCUCGCUGCACGGCAGCGCUCGCAGCUCCCCGGCGAAGAGGCGGCGCCACAACGACACCGACAGCGAGGCGUCCAGCUUCGCCGGCGGCGCCGUGGCGCGCACCCGCAUCACCCAGCAGGCCUCGGCCAGCGGGCGGGUCACCGUGGACGAGGUGGACCUGGACGGGAAGUACGUCCGACUCAGCAACAAGGCGGAUGAGGACCAGAAUCUGGGAAACUGGCAGCUGAAGCGGCAGAUCGGAUCCAACUCUCCCAUCAUCUUCAAGUUCCCGGCUAAGUUCACCCUGAAGGCCGGUCAGAGAGUCACGAUCUGGGCCUCCAGCUCUGGAGGAGUCCACAACCCUCCUUCAGACCUGCUGUGGAAGACCCAGAGCUCCUGGGGAACCGGAGACCAGUUCCAGACCACCCUGAUCAGCGCCAACGGAGAGGAGAUGGCCAUGAGGAAGGUAACCCGCACUCAGUUUGAAGAUGAAGAUGAAGACAUGCAGGUGGCUCACAGCACCUGCGCAGACGGCGAGUACAACCUGCGCAGCCGGACCGUCCUCUGCGGCUCCUGCGGACUUCCGUCUGACAAAUCCAGCAACUGCUCCGUGUCGUCUGCGUCCCGCUCCUUCCGCAGCGGAGGAAUCUCUGAAGGAUUGGUGCCGCAGUCGUACGUGUUCAGCAGCAGCACACCUCGCAAGACUGGAUCCAGGAUGGAGAACUGUCCGAUCAUGUGAACACGUCGACCAAUGAAGAAGUUUAUCUUUUAUCUGAGUAGUGUGUAGAAAGUAUUAGCUUUUAGUUUUCUUUUUAUACUUUUAACAUUUUUCAGGUAGUAAUAAUUCUGACUUUUAUAUUAAUUUCCAUAGUGCACCCAUGCAUGCUUAAAGAUAAGACUUGACUUAUGAUUAAAAGUUUAGUUUUUCCUUUAAGAAAAACUAAGAAAAUGUUUUUGUAUGUUUUUUAUUCUGUUUCCGGUCUUUUAGCUUCAGUUAAAUCUGAGUUCUCAUUAUCAAUAACAUUAUUUUAGCUGAACUGGGCUACAUAACUGCAGAAAAUGUA